UAUAUUUUGCUUACAAUGCUGUAGCUCGUGGCUGACUGUUAUCCAUUUCCUUGUGAACACACACACACACACUGCAAUUCAACAAGAGUGAAUGGCAAUGGCGCUUCUCUCAGCACCUCCACCACCAUCUCAUAAAACUUCCCUCUUUCAACGCCCUUACACCACCUCUUUUCGCUCCAUAGCUUUCAUCAAGUACCCAUAUAAGCUUACCGCUGCUUCUUCAACUGCACCCACUGCUGAAGAUAAACCUACCGCUUCACCUGAUGGUGUUGCUGUCGAAUCAGAAUCUGCCACCAUGGUUGCAGUUGAAGAUCCUCCUUUCAGGGGUUGCAAGGCCUGUGGAAAAGAGGAAUUGGAGAGGGGAUGCAAUGGUGAGGGGAGGAUUCAAGGAGGGAUUGCAACAGUCCCAGGGUUUGGAUGGUGGCCUAUAAAGGCUUACCGUCCUUGCCCUGCAUUCGUUGCAUCUGGCGGUCGGUAUACGCGGCGUGGUCAAAGCAUGGAUGAAGUUGCCUCUGGAGGAGGGGGAAGAGUUAGUCCCAUAGGGAUCAGUGAUGAGGCUGAAUCAAGCAAGAUAAAGCAAGGUCCAAGGAAGUUCAAAAGAUAACCAAUGUCUAGAAUUCAUGGUAAGUUGAGACUGCAACAACUGCAAGAUUUUUUGUUGCUUCAGAAAUCCAGAACUGGUGAGCAACCAUUGGCCAUGGAUUAAUAGUGAAACGACCACGUGUAUCUCUUUUUUCCCAAUUUUUCUUUUGGCAUUCAUAUAAUAUAAUGUUAUUAUAUUUUUUCUUAGGGAACGUAAGAUGGGAAAAGCUGUUACUUGUGAUAUUGACUAUCAAGUCAUAUAAUUUUGUUGCUAAUGUAUAUAAUUCAAAGCAUAAACACUGCGGUUAUUAUUAAAUAAAGGUUAAAAUAUUCCAUUAA